AUGGCGAACUUCAUCAAAGUUUUUCUGUUUGUCUACACAUGUGCCGCAGCGUAUGCAGAUUACCCUUGGACAUAUCACGAAAGGCACCUGCCAAUUGUAGACGUUGGAUAUGGGCGCUACCAAGCGUCUCUCAACGGGAACUACUACAACUUUUCUAACAUCCGCUAUGCGGAGCCACCAGUAGGAAGUUUGCGAUUCGCACUGCCCGUAUCGCCUAGAGGCCGCAACACCACCGUUGACACUGGCUCAAUCGCACGUAUCUGCCCCCAAGCUUACCCUACUGGCGGUCGUGUGAACGAAAGAUACAACACCUACUACAGUUUGACGGGCAACACGAGCAUAGCUGGCUUUGAGAAUGCAACGCAAGGAUUUGAUUACCCACGGAACACUCCCUCAGAUCCGCGAGCCACAGAAGACUGCCUGUUCCUGGACGUCAUGGUGCCUCGGGAGAUAUUCCAUGCUCGGCCAUCGAGACGGAACAGAACGAAGACCGGAGCAGCUGUGAUGGUGUGGCUUCACGGUGGAGGAUUUGGUGCAGGGUCGAAAUACGACACUCCUGCUGCGGGAUUAAUUUCCAGAAGCCAGAUUGGCGACAAUGAAGGCGUGAUAUAUGUCACACUUAACUACAGACUAGGUGCUUUCGGUUGGAUGUCAGGUCCGACAUUUGCAAAAGAUGGAACUCCCAAUGCCGGGUUGUACGAUCAGCGACUUGCUCUGCAGUGGGUUAGAGACAAUAUCCAUCGCUUCGGGGGCGAUCCCAGCCGAGUUACUCUUUUCGGCGAAUCUGCCGGAGGAGGCUCGAUUAUCCUCCAGACCACAGCAUUUGGCGGUAGACGAGUCAAAACGCCUUUCCAACGAGCGAUACUACAGAGCCCAGGAUGGACGCCGAUGGCUGGUAACCUUGAACAAGAGCAGAGUUUCCGCAAGUUCUUGGAUUUGUUGAACGUUUCUACUUUGGGCGAGGCGAGGGCCUUGCCGAGUAUUGUGCUUCAAGCUGCCAACGAAUUACAGAUACGCACUGGAACAAAGGGGUGGACAUACGGACCGCAAGUUGAUGGUGACAUUAUACCAGCUUUGCCGUCACUGUUGUUAGCACAUGGCCGUUACGACGAUUCGAUCGACGUGCUAGUCGGCCACAACGGCAAUGAAGGAUUCGGAUACCCCGUGGCAAACGACUCAGCAUUUGAUGCAUCCAUGAAUACCCUGUUCCCCAACGCCCCGACUUCCGCGCUCGACCACAUUACAAAAGUACUCUAUCCACCCAAAGCCCCGAGCGCCGGAGCCAUUCCAUCAGAUUACGACCCCGAAACCUCCAAGUCUCUCAUUGUCACCAGCUACAACGACCCCCAGGGCCGACAAGCUCUCUUCCAAUCCGACACCGUGAUCAAAUGCAACACGCACUUCUUCAACGACGCCUUCAAAGGCCGGACCUACGCAUACGUCCUCAGCGUGCCGCCGGCACUACAUGGCCAAGAUCUGUACUACGUAUUCUACAACGGCCAGGCCACGGAUGUAUACUUCAGACCGAUUAACGUUACGCUGGCGCAUAUCAUGCAGGAUUAUUGGAUCAACUUUGCAAAUUAUGGAAGUCCGAAUGGGGAGGGACUUCCGUUCUUUCCAAGCUGGGGGCAGAAUGCGAGUGUUCAGGGUCUGAGUCAUGAUGAUGUUGGGCCGAUUCAGGAUCCUAUUGAUGUGGAGACAUGUCGCUGGUGGCAGUUGGGGUUGUAUGUGUGA